ACCGCACAAUCAUGUUGCUUUGAGUAUGUCCUGACCGCUCGCUGAUGUAAUAUGAAGUGAAAAGGCUGAAACAUAUGGUCACGUCAAAGAUAAUCGGAGCUUGAACUUAACACUAACUUUAACUGUUUACAUGUAGCGGUCAUCGCUGUUAUACUGACUAGCCUGACUACUGUGGAGCAGGGCUGCCUUAGCAGCCAGUCAAGAUGGACACCGCCGAGGAAGGAGCAGGAUCUCGUGGUUUGCGAAGUUAUGUUAUUGUGUGCCUACUGUACAGCGGACAUCUGUCGGGUAUGUCGUUCAGAGGGGACCCAGGACAAGCCGCUCUACCACCCCUGUGUCUGCACUGGCAGCAUCAAGUUUAUCCAUCAGGAAUGCUUACUGCAGUGGUUGAAACACAGCAGAAAAGAAUACUGUGAAUUAUGCAAACACAGGUUUGCAUUUACACCAAUCUACUCUCCAGACAUGCCAUCUCGCUUGCCUGUCCAGGACAUCUUUGCAGGGCUGGUCACCAGUAUUGGAACAGCCAUCAGAUACUGGUUCCACUACACACUGGUGGCCUUUGCCUGGCUAGGCGUGGUGCCUCUCACAGCAUGUCGUAUCUACAAGUGUUUAUUUACCGGCUCUGUGAGCUCUCUCCUUACCCUGCCAUUAGAUAUGCUUUCAACACAAAACCUGCUUGCAGACUGCCUCCAGGGCUGUUUUGUGGUCACUUGCACACUGUGCGCCUUCAUCAGCCUGGUAUGGCUUAGAGAGCAGAUUGUUCAUGGUGGUGCCCCUCAGUGGUUAGAGCAGAAUCAACCCCCUCUAGUUCCUAACCAGCCUAACGGUCCUGCACCAGCUAAUGAGGUUCCAGGUGGUAACAUUGGAGUCAACGCCCAGGCUGCUGCAGACGCUGCAGUAGCCCAGCACCCUGCAGACCCUCCUCCAGACAGGCUGGCACCUGCCAACCCACAUGAGGCUGGCGACCCCGGAGAUGAGGCUGAACUUGACGAUGAGGAAGAAGAUGACGAUGAGGACGAAGAUGAAGAGGAGGAGGACGAAGAGGAAGGCAGGGAAGAGGAUGCUGCUGAUGCCAAUAAUGGAGGACAAGAAGAUUUGAACUGGAAUGCCCUGGAGUGGGACCGUGCAGCAGAGGAGCUGACCUGGGAAAGGAUGCUGGGGCUGGAUGGCUCCCUAGUUUUCUUGGAGCAUGUGUUCUGGGUGGUGUCUCUCAACACACUCUUCAUCCUGGUCUUUGCUUUUUGCCCAUAUCACAUUGGCCAUUUUUCAGUGGUUGGACUGGGCUUUGAAGAUUAUGUCAAAGCGUCACACUUUGAUGGCCUCAUCACCACUGUACUGGGGUACAUCCUCCUGGCUGGAGCUUUCAUAGUCUUCCAUGCAUUGGCUUCAUUAGUGAGGUUCCAGCGGUCCAGACGCCUCUUGGGUGUCUGCUACAUUGUUGUCAAGGUGUCCCUGCUGGUUGUCAUGGAGAUAGGCUUGUUCCCACUGAUUUGUGGUUGGUGGCUCGACAUUUGCUCACUAGAGAUGUUUGAUGGGACUCUGAAAGACAGGGAGCAGAGUUUUGACUCGGCCCCUAGUACUACCAUGUUCCUCCACUGGUUGGUCGGCAUGGUCUACGUCUUCUACUUUGCAUCCUUCAUCCUCCUGCUCAGAGAGGUGCUCCGGCCUGGUGUGCUGUGGUUCCUGAGGAACCUGAACGAUCCAGACUUCAACCCAGUCCAAGAGAUGAUCCACUUGCCCAUCUACAGACACCUGCGGAGGUUUAUACUCUCUGUGGUGGUGUUUGGCUCCAUAGUUCUGCUGAUGCUUUGGCUUCCUAUCAGAAUCAUUAAACUGCUCUUCCCAACCUUCCUUCCCUACAACGUCAUGCUUUACAGUGAUGCCCCAGUCAGCGAGCUGUCAUUGGAGCUGCUGUUGCUUCAGGUUGUUCUGCCAGCAUUGUUGGAGCAGGGUCACACUCGCCAGUGGCUCAAACGGCUCGUCCAUGCCUGGACAUUCACAGCUGGAUACAUGCUCGACCUUCACUCCUACCUCCUGGGGGACCAUGAAGACGAUGACAACCAACCAAACAACAACCCUCCCGGUCGCCAUAACAACAACAGGAUCCCUGGUCUGGGGGAAGGGCUUCAUGCUGCCCAUCAGGCCAUUCUACAGCAGGGCGGUCCUGUGGGUUUCCAGUCGUACCACCGGCCCAUCAACUUCCCCCUCAAGAUCAUUCUGCUGGUUGUCUUUAUGUGUGUGACGCUGUUACUGGCUAGUCUGAUCUGCCUUACACUGCCAGUGUGUGCAGGUCGCUGGCUGAUGUCUUUCUGGAUGGGCAGUGCCGUGGUUCAUGAGCUGUACACGGCAGCCAGUGGUCUGUACGUCUGCUGGCUGUCCAUUCGAGCCGCCACAGUGAUGCUUUCCUGGAUGCCACAGGGACGGUCCGUCAUCAUGAUCAAAGUUCAAGAGUGGACACUCAUGAUCCUAAAGACCAUUGUGGUGGCUGUGAUGUUAGCUGGGGUAAUUCCUCUGCUGUUGGGUCUGCUGUUUGAGCUGGUCAUCGUAGCUCCUCUCAGAGUCCCACUGGACCAGACGCCUCUCUUCUACCCCUGGCAGGACUGGGCCUUGGGUGUGCUCCAUGCUAAAAUCAUUGCUGCCAUCACACUAAUGGGCCCUCAGUGGUGGCUCAAAACUGUCAUCGAGCAGGUGUAUGCUAACGGUAUCCGAAACAUUGACCUCCAUUUCAUCGUGCGAGGGCUAGCUGCCCCUGUCAUCUGCGUCCUGCUGCUGUCUCUCUGUGUGCCCUACACCGUCUCUAAAGGCAUUACACCACUGCUGGGUGUGCAGCCAGAGAUGCAGAUGCUGGUGGAGAGGAGGAUCUAUCCGUUCCUGCUGAUGGUGGUCACGCUGUUGGCCAUCCUGUCCUUCCAGAUACGACAGUUCAAACGCCUCUACGAACACAUCAAGAACGACAAAUACCUGGUUGGACAGCGACUGGUGAACUAUGAACGUAAGACAGGCAGGAGCAUGUCCACCUCCUCAAAUAGCACUGCCUCAUAGACCUGACACUGCUGUGGGAUCAGUGGAGCUGACUCACCCUGCCCAGCACUGAGAGCUAUCAUCAGCUCCUGUGGUGAAACCUUAAUAUUUCCUCCGUGCUUGGCUGUCAAAUGUCAACUUCAAACACAGCCUCUAAACUUCUGACUUACUCUUAUUCACCAACAUGUACUGCUGUCUCAGGCUGGGAGACAAAGACGUUACAGAGUGAAGACAAAAGUCUUCACGAAAAAUUUAAAUUUCUGAACAAGGUUGUUAACCAACCUGCAAAAACAGUCAGCAUGAGGUGUUGACUGUUCAUCCUGUUUAAUGUGUCCGUUUUUGUCUUCAACGCAGCUGACAUUUUAAGUUCUGAUUACAUUAUUUAAAAAAAGGUUUGAGUUGAAGUUGGGUCAGUUGAGCUUUUCCCUCAGAUUGUGCUUCCUUUUGAAUGUUUGUGAAAUGUUUUGACAUUUCAGAGCUGCGGAGGAGAUAUCUGGACUAUAGCGAGAACGCCUCUGUGGUUCUGUUCCAAUUGUCGAUUCAUCUCAAAUGACACCCUUCAUUAAAAUUGAGGUUGUCAGUGAAAAGGAGGGACAUACAUGAUGUAGCAAUGUGAUUUUCUUUUUUCUUUAGUUGUGGGUUUUUUUUUUAGAUUUGUAUUAGAUUUGUCUUCAUUGAUUUAUUUUUUUAUUUUUUUAUAGUUGUUUAAUGUCUGGAGUAAGCUGUUAAUCUGAGAAUUCUUCUGAAGUAAAAAUGUAGAAAUAGAAAGGAAGAAAAGAACAUUUUAGACAAUCUGGUCACGGCCCUGGGACAUGUUUUUUCUUCUUUGUUUCUUUUCUUUUUUUGAGAUAUUCCCCUGCAAAUUUUAAAAACAGUCUGGGUUGUGUAGUACCUUCCUGAGCAAAUCCACCCUCAGCAGAGGAGAGGUCAUUAACAUGAAAAAAGUCACACAGCACACAAAAAGUUAGUUUUCAACUAAGAAUAUUUAAACUGGAAAGACAACCUCAGAACAUUUCCGAAUGUGCCUGUGUUACACCUUUGGACUGACACAGAUUUUGUAGAAAUAAUUAUUCUGAUAGAAUAAAAAAAUUAUGUGAGCUAGCUUGCCCUUAGUGGCUUGUAGUGGUGCUAAUUAGCUGUUCAGACUCUUAACUGUCUGCUUCAGCUAAAAACAACUAUAUAAACAACAAAACACUGAUUUUCAUUGGGGGGAAAAGUGACUCUUGUUGCGUUAACUCAUCUCAUUUAGGGCAAGGUAGCACCAGUACUGAAAUGGAGUACAAACUACUAAUGCAGGUAAUUGGUUGGAGGAGGUGGCACGCUGCCACAUUUGUCUGUUUCCUAACUUACAAAAAACUCAGAAGGUUUUUCUUUUUCUGUACUGUUACACCUGCCAAGCUGAACCAGGCAGAUCAUGACACAACUCAUCUUGUAAUCAAUUUAGUUACUAGUGACAGCAUUAACAGUUGCCUACCUACAUGUUGGACCUGUGUAGUGUGAAGAUUUUAAAUUACAUUUCACAAAAAUAAUACAAAUAAUUACAAACUGAAUGACUGAUUAGCUAACUAGCAUUGGUUAGAUUAGCAUAAUCAGAUGUUUCCCACUCAUUCUAAAUUGCAUGAAUACUGUUAUAUUUGUCCAUGUAUGCAGAUAUAAUUAAAACAAAGUCAUACCUACAUUUACAAAGGGUUUGCAAUUUAAUAUAGAUUUCCUCAUAAAACAGUAUGUUUUCCAGUUCUGUUACAGCUAUGCUACAGUGACUUCCUGUUUACAUAGUUGAUUGCUUUUGAUUGGAUGGAGCUACAAUUGUUUCCUGGCAAUCAGUUUUCACAUUACUUAAGUCUUUACUAGCUAAGACAUUCCUUAAAUUUUAAUGGUGCAACCUAGUUUAGGUAAAUUGCUGGGGUUGCAACUAGCUAGCUCUUAUGAACUUAUGAAGGACUUCACACACAAACUUAGUAAUGGAUUUAUGACUAGCUGGUGCAGCCCAGUCCUGCUCCUUUUCCCUGAAGGUUGAAGUUAUAAUUCAGAAAAGUAAUUAUUUCCUUUGAUGUGAGCGGUGGUGGUAUUUUGUUUCGGGCGAGGCUGCAUGCCUUCUCUAAAAUACACUGCUCAGAUAUUUACCAGCCUGAAGGAAAUAAAAGGAAAAACAAAUGAUAAACUGGCGGACCCUUAGCGGCUUAUAUGAUUCUAACUGCUAAUGUCCAACUGAAGAACAAGAUGUCGAUUUUUGUUUCAAACAAGCUACAGAUAUAUAUGUACUGCAUGUACGCUGAGUUGAAAUAUAUUUAAAUGAAAAAUAGUCUGUACUCAGAAAGCAUCUUCACCCUGACACAUAUCCUUGUCUUCAGCAGUUUAGAUACGGUGAUGUCUCAAAUCACUAAAAAGACUCAUGUUGCACACCAGUACCACCUUCCAGUGUGGUUAUGUUGUUGAGGCAUGUAUGUAGUUUGAUGUCUGACACUUCUUCCACAUUGGUCGCAGCAGUUUAGUUUCUCGCCUGUGUGGAUAUGCUGGUGGAUCUUGUACACACUUGAGACUCCUGUGUCAGUUCAUAUCUGUUCAGGUUAACUAACCAGCCGAAACAUUUCCCCACAUUUCUGACGGCGAUCAGAUCUGCUUGUGUUUGUCUGUGAGGACAGCAGCAGGAGCUGGCGUACGGCUGUCAAUGUUCGUCGUCUUGUCCCACCUGAUGCUUCUUCUCCUGUGUGUCAGCUCGUUGGUCUGAUUUACUGUAUAUUAUUGAAUUCACUUCGAGUGGCACUCUGAUGUGCUGUGUGUUGCUCAGAGGAAACAGAGUCUUUUUCCCUUUCAUUACUUCAACACCUCUUCAGCCUUCAGCCCAUCAGUUACCAUGGCUUUCAGAAUUGGAGGGUUUGAUUUUCAAUAUUACUGUGUAGGACAUGAAAGUAAUAGCACUAGUGUUCACCUGACUUGUUGUGGUUUAGUUGGUUGAAGAGAGGCAGGGUCUUAUGAAGAUGAAAGGGUCUUGUGUUGAAGAGGUACUGAAAAGACUUCUGGAUCCAACACAAUUCUCUUUCUUUGAUCCUUGACUGACUUCUGACUCCACCUGGGAGCUGAGUUGGUAGUUGCAGGCUGAGUCACUCUCACUUUGAUCUACUUGUCAGUUUAAUAAUAGCUGACUUUGUCAGUUUUGGCUUUAGUUUCAGUUUUGGCUUUAGUUUUAACUUUUCCAGAUAAAGGUUCAGUGGGUUCCUUUCAGGAUAAGAUGUCUCAUGGUAGCAGAAGGAACUCUGAUUGACCGUUAAUCCAAAAUUCUCUGCUCUUCACCUCCUUCUCUCGUAUCUCAUCUCUCUUAAUGGCUCAGACCUGUUUCCUCCAAAUUAUUUUAACGCAAGACUAUGUAACUCUUGAAAGAAGAACUAACACUAUCUUCCCCUUAAAAAAGAAAAGUUGAAUUUAAAAGCAAUUAAACAAACCGCUUAAUUCAAUAUAAAUAUGUAGUUUAGCAGCUACAUGGUCUGGUAUGACGAGUAGCUAAUGUUAGCAAACUUUAGGUAUAUAUUGCUGUGUAACUGACAUUACUAAGACAGGAGACUUGCUUGUUGUUACCCAUUUCAUUACUCUGUCAAGUCAACUAAUGGUGGUGUCUUUAAAGCAACUGACUAAAGAGAAUUUGGGGAAAUGCGGGGAAAUUGAACGUGCCAUUAAUCUGUAAUUACCACUGUUUCCAUACUGUUCAGCAGACAUUACAUAGUCUCCCUUUAAAACAGGGCUCUCUUUGUCAUACUGGCAUAUCUCUCCCUGGCAGGAGCAUUCCAGGUGCUCAGAGUGAAGAGCUGUAGCUGACUCUAAACUGUAUGUGCUUUAAAAUCAACAAAAGGUUAGGAUCAUACUAAACAAGAACAGGUAGUUAGAAGAAGAAUAAGUCUGCAGUGGCUUGUUUUAUAGUCGAGUUGACAGCUACUUAAAUAAUCUCUGUAACACACGCAUGAUAGUUUUGUAUUCUGAUUAAACAGCUCGACAUUUUGCGAAUACGUUCAUUCGCUUUCUUGCUGAGUUAGAUGAGGAGAUUGAUAACCACAGUUGCAUCUGUAUGCUAACUUUGAAGCUAGAGCAAUGAGAUGGUUAUCUUAGCUUAGCGUAAAUACUAGAAACAGCGGGAAACAGCUAGCCCAGCUCUAUUCAAAUGUAACAAAAUCCACCUAGCAGCACCAGCUCACUAAUUAACAUGUUAUAUCUCGUCUGUUUUUAUAUGUACAAAUAACGAAUUGUAAAACAGCGUCAAUUUCUGGUUUCACAAGCGGUUGCAUACUGGAACUAUUUCUUGGCCGGAGGCAGUGACUUCCUGGAGUCUCUGCUGGUUGCCCGGCAACCUGAAGACUCUAUCACUAUUGCUUUAAGGUUCCAAACAUUUCAGUUUCUACUCCCAAAAGCACUCUUUGCAUGGAGAUAUAAAGUCAGUGUCUAGGUGUUGGACUCCCAAUGUUUCACUUGUAUGACCACAUCGGUCUCCUCUGCUUCACUACCCUUGAAAAAAAAUGCCUGAAAUUUUUUUCCUUCAUGUUUCAAAGCAAGUUUCAGAAUUUUAAGUUAGAAGGCAUAUUCCUAGAGCCACUACAGAACAAAACCAUUACAAUUAAAUCAAGUAUUUGAAAAAUUAAAGGGUGUUGCAACCUCUCAAAAACAAAAAGACAUUUUUUAAAUGACAGAAAUGAGCCCCAGCCAUUCUUAAAAACUAUUUCUUGUUGCCAAUGAAAACUGAAUCCAAUUCUCUGAUAUCAUCUUGCUCCUAAAAUCCUGGGAGAGAUGUUUGGGAUGUUUUUAAGUUUAUGUUCUUUUUUUUAGACUAUAAUGGUUGAGUAGAAAUUCCUUUUUUUUUUUUUUUUUUUUUGUGCAAAUGUUUUAAUGUGUUGCACUUUAUACUACAGUUUGCAAUCAUUUCAGUAUCCAUUUGAACACACUCAACAUAUCAGGGUUUGUGUGUUUUUAUUUCCCUCCCACCGAGACUGAAAUAUGUACACAAAUGGGUUUUACUUAAAAAGAUGAGUUUAAGUUUUGUGUCUGUUUUUGACACUGCAUUUGUGUGAGAAGUGUUUCAUUAGUAAUUUGGUAAAUAUAAACUGCUUUUCUAUUGAUAUGGAUUGUGAAUUACAUUAACUUAAGUGCUGACAACUGUAGUGCUGCUGUGGGAAACACACUGUAAAGUGACCUUUUAGUGUCAUCUUGAACUGAGCUGGACACAUCAAAUUUUGGUCUUGAAUUUCAAUUUCUAAAAGCAAAUGAUUUCUAUUUUUAUAUGUGCAAAGAAGGCAGUGGCAUGUACUGUAACAUAAAGGUAUAUACUUCAUUUUUGGUUCAGUAAUAUGAAACCCUAAUAAAUAGUUGUGUGCAGUGUGCAGUUUUGUCUUCACACUGCAGACAAUAUGAUCCUCAA